AUGGAGCAGCAGCGCCAUAUAUUUGAGCCAUUGAGCAGAAAUUCACUGCUGAAACAGCUGCAAUGGCAUCCGCAGCGUCUGUACGCGCGAAUUGUAGGAAGGUAUGGCACCCUCCGACGACCAACCUUCAAGCCCAACCCCAUCACUGUGAUGUGCAUAGGUCGAAACUACGCCGACCAUAUCAAAGAGCUCAACAAUCAGCGCCCCAAACAGCCCUUCUUCUUCCUCAAGCCUCCGACCUCGAUCCUGCUGCCCAAUGAAGGACCCGUACUGCGGCCACGAGGCGUCACAAUGCACUACGAGAUCGAGCUAGGGUUGGUGAUGGGCAAGACCGUCAAGGACAUGCAUGAAGAGGAUAAAUCGUGGAUGGACGCCAUUGAUUCCUACAUCCUCGCCAUCGACAUGACAGCCCGCAACGUGCAAGACGAAGCCAAGCGCAAAGGCCUCCCCUGGAGCAUCGCCAAGGGCUUCGACACCUUCCUGCCCAUCUCCUCCCCAAUCUCCAAGACCCAGCUCCCGGACCCACACAACGCGCAUCUGUGGCUCUCCGUGAAUGACCAGGUCCAGCAAGCAGACAGCACCGAGUUGAUGCUGUUCCGGAUCCCGAGACAGCUGUCGGAGAUCAGCAAGGUCAUGACGCUGGAAGCGGGGGAUAUUGUGUUAACGGGGACGCCGAAGGGGGUCGGACCUGUCGGGACAGGGGAUGUGAUGAGGGCGGGGAUGAAGGUUGAUGGGAGGGAGGUGAAGGAGGCGAACAUGGAGGUGGCCGUUGUGGAUAGGGAGGGUUUGUAUGAGUUUAAGGAGACGUAG